CUUGCCGUCUGCUCCCAGCGUGCCGCGCGGCGGGGCCGUGCUCGGGGCCUGGCGGCGUCAUGGCGGCCGCCGUGCCCCCGGCCCCCGGCCCGGACAUGUUCGAGGAGAUCGUGAUGGCCGAGCACAGGUUCCACGGCGAGGGGUAUCAGGAGGGCUACGCCGAAGGCUGUCACGUCGGAGCUGCCGAGGGGAGGAGGUACGGGUCGCUCCACGGUGCCAAGAUGGGGUCCGAGAUUGGCAGCUACCUUGGCUUCGCACUGACCUGGCAGUGUCUGCUCUGCAAAUGCACAGAUGACAAGAACAGUAAAAAGAUAAAGGCUCUGGAUUCAUUAAUAGGAAUGAUUCAGAAGUUCCCAUAUGAAGACCCCACUUACGAAAAGCUUCAAGAAGAUCUGGAAAAAAUCAGAGGAAAAUUUAAACAGAUGAAGAUAAACAUGGAUGAACAAAGAAGAAAUAUUAAAAGAACAGAUAACUGGAAAAGUGUUUACUCGUUUUAGACAAACUCAAAGUAGCGAAGAUCUGCUAAAUAUUAAAAUGGGGAGUUACCUGGAAAAUGAGGAGUAUAAGAGUUAGCAAACACGUGUGAAAGAAAGGCGUGUGCUUAACCAAACUACAAUGCUACUGAAAAAAAUCCAUCAAAAUGUGGCAAAACCACCGUGCAAAGGAGUAUUCAGUUUUGUGAGUCAUAAGCAUAUGUUUUCUCUUCAUGCCCUUGCUGUUGUUUUAACACCUCCCUGAAAUCUGGAACAAAUUAAAAAAAUACAUAGAAAUGGCUUCAUUAAUGCCACAUCCUGGUUACUCAUCCUGUCAGGACUUUGGUGGAAGCAACUAUUAAAUUGUAAUUAAAAACUCUAUCGGAAGAUCUGUGUGUGGAGAGGCUAAAUAAAACUGCUGCGGGACAUGGUCAUUCAGACAUUUCCUGGUCUGAAUGCUUGAUUGUGCAACUUACAUACUGCUUUUAGUUCUGGGAGGGAAAGGUGUGGAAAAAAAUGCAAUCUUGUAGAUUAUAAUAUUGGUUAUUAAUAAAGUAGGACGUGGAGAUUGUGGAUCUGUGCUGUAUGGUCAAACAGGUUUAAUUUUUUCAGGAGGUACUUGAUCUGAUAAAAGCAGUUAAGAUGGAAAAUUUCUGCCAAAAUUAUUGCAGUUACUAUGUCUUUAAAAUAUAGUAAAAUAUAUUGCUGUAUUUACCACCUCUAGUUAUGCUCAGUAGUUACAGUUAGGGAGGAAUGCUUGAAACAUUUAACUCUCAAAUUUCUGACUUGUCUGGGCUGUGUUCUAGCUUGUUUUGUUUCUUCAUGAUGUUUUCUCAGCUCAAGCUGUUGAAUGUAGGUUUCCAUUAAAAAAUGGAUGCAAAGCUAACUACUGCUGAUGUACUGAAGUCGUCUCAGUCCAGAAGACUUUCAGUUUUCAUUUCCAUGUUAUGUGAUGAGUACCAGAGAUAGCGAGUUCUGAGGUGUCAGUGGGAAGGUGAGCUCUGACUGCAGAGAAUUAAUUCCCUGUGGAAUUCCAUGUGCUUCAGUGCUGUCUUACAGCAAUGGGGUCAUCAGCUGGUAAUACCAAAUCAACCAUUACUAGCACGUGUAAAUCUGACGUUGUAUAUUAUCUGUGUCAUUGUACUACGUGAGUACAGUAAAGGCCUCUUUACUGAGGCUGCAUUUAUACAGAUAGAUUUUAUUUUAGAACGGAUAUAGAGAAGGAGGACAAAAAAUAGGAUGAUGAUUAAAAUCUCCAAGUUAAAUUCAUUAUUGUAACACUCAUUCAUUAAGUAGGCAUGCUUUCUUUCCAUUUGUCAUGAACUGUAAUGUGAAUGGGAUCAAUUUCAGCUCUGAAGAAAUGCCUCUAAUGAACAGAAAUGCUUGAAAUCAGAAUAUAUAUCUGUAUAUGCAGUUGCUCACUUAGAAAUCAGCCUUGUAGGAUCCUAUUAUGUUUUCCUGAUUACGAUAAAUUACAUAAGGACUUGUAAGGAAAGUCUGACUACCCAGUUUGGCAUAUCUUGUUUGGUUAUGGUUCUGAUCUGAUUGCUAUUGAGGUAUGAAGUAUAUAAGGAAUAGUGUGUUCUAGUCUGUGCAUAGAACCUGUGCAAACUCAUGUUGCUAGCUUUGUGGAUAUAUGACAUCUAGAGGAGAGAAAAUAGAGGCUGGUUUAAAACUUUUCAGAGUCACAAAAUCACAGAAUGGCUUGGGUUGGAACAGACCUUAAAGACCAUCCAGUUCCACCCCCCUACCAUGGGCUUUCUUAAACAAGUUCUGCAGUGAUAGCAGCGUGAAGCACUAAAUAUUUUUUGACAAAGUGUUGGUGUUUUUAAUGAUCUUAGGCAUCUAGUUUGAAAUCUGGUGAAAUACUAGAAUUACCUGAAGUUCAUCUGGAUUAUAAUCCUUAUUUCUGAGGGCACUCCGGAGAAGGUUGUAAAAAGCUGAACCAGGCAGGUAGAAUGAUGUGUGAUACAUCUCAUCACAACCUUUUUAAAGAGAAACACUUUGGUUUAUAAUAGAAGGUUUAAUAUUUCUUAUAAUGUUACAAUUUGGCGUAUUCUUGGUGCUUUCCAGCAUUAAUUUUAGUGCCUUUUGAUUACUGCCCUUUGCAACUUCUCAUGGCUAUGGCUUCUGGUCUAAUUACAGCCUAAAACUUCGGCUUUCAUAGUUUGACAAGUAACCACAAAGAUUCUCAUUUUACAGUCUGCCAGAGGUUUUUUGUUUGUUUUUAAGUGGACAAAGUUAUGACAGUACGCUUUACCACAGAAAUGUAUAUAUCACCAGAGGGAAUGGAGAUCUGGGAGUCCUGUGGUGGGUUUCCAGUUGCAAGUUUUGGUAUCCAGAAUUGACAAAUAAAGGCUAACUGGAGCAAUCUGGUACUGAGGCACUUCACUGUCCUGAGUUAGUCCAUCUGGAACUAACUUGAGUAUCUCUUUGGCUUCACACUGGAUAUUCCUCCUUAAUCACAGGAGUGUUCACUUCUGAAAUGUAAUCAUUAUAUUGUGGCAGCAUUCUUCAUCCUAAGAUUCUGUGCUUUGCAACUCUUGAAUAACACAUAGCUCCGCCAAAUGAGGUAGUACUCUGCAAACGGAAACAUGGUCGUUAAGUGCACCUAAACAUAGCCAACAUACAAGGCUUUGGAAAUCUUCAUUAAUACAAGAGUAGUGCCCGUUCACUCUCAUAUGAAAUAUAUGAAAGCCACAGUAAGUGUCAGUUGAUUGUGAAGAGGCGUGCUGUACCAUAUUGUUAAUUGUUAUAUUGUAUUUCAUACACCUAAGUAAUUAACCAGUUCCACAAUUCUGUGUGUCUGCUUUUUGGCACGGCAAAACUGCCUGCAGAAGAUUCCUGAAUAAGUACAAGAAAUAGCAUAUAGCUUUUGUACUGAAACAUCAGAAAGUUUGAUUGUAGUGUAGAAUUUGUAUGAUGGCAUCUAGAAUAGUAGUGUACUGUCAGAAAGAAAUAAACUGCUUUUAGUUUACAAUAAAAUUACGGAGUUUACUUUUAGCAAAAGUCCUGUUUAGGCAGGAGGAAGAUGGCUUAUUCAGUUUCUACAUCUCAGCUCUGCACUAGCCAGACUCAACACCAGUAUUUGUCUUUUUUCUUUUUGAUUGUUUAGCAGCAUAUUUUGCUGCUUUAUCUCCAUUUAACACGUAGUUACAAUUUGUAACCUUCAGCAUCUUCAGGAUUCUGUGGAAUAAUCAACAAGGCAUGGAAUCUUUCUUGAUUAUAGGAACUGUGAGUCAGCAACCCUUUAAUUUUUUUAGUUGCAGCUAUUGUUCCAGCAGCAAGCUUUACUGCUAUUGUCCACUGUUUGUCCAGCUCACGUUUACUGGACUGUGGGAACGGAUUAGGGUUUCAUGGCUUUUUUUUCCUUCUUGCAUAAACUCUUGAUCAAAGACAUUCCUUGGAUGACAAAACACUGUAUACUGUGUCACACAGUCCUGACCAGACUGCACGAACGGUAGUUUAAAAACACAUGCCUACAUUGUUCUCUAAACUGGCUUUUUUUUUUUCUGUAGCAUAUGUGCAGACACUGAAUUUUUGAGACCCCCAUUUACCUU